GUAGAGUUGAAAGCUCACAAAGUCACACACAGCUAUGGCACUUAGAACCAUAAUUACCAAAAGGACCUUGGCCGGAGCUCUAGGUUUCCGGCAACAACACCGGAGCGUACAGACUUUCUCUCUACCCGAUCUCCCUUACGAUUAUGGUGCCUUAGAACCUGCUAUUACCGGUGAAAUCAUGCAACUUCAUCACCAGAAACACCAUCAAACUUAUAUUACAAAUUACAAUAAAGCCCUUGAACAACUCCAUGAGGCUAUCACCAAGGGUGAUACACCUACUGUAGCUAAAUUGCAGAGUGCUAUUAAGUUUAAUGGCGGAGGUCACAUUAAUCACUCAGUUUUCUGGAAGAACCUUGCCCCUGUUCGUGACGGUGGUGGUGAGCCUCCAAAGGGUUCUCUUGGCUCGGCCAUAGACAUCCACUUUGGCUCUAUUGAAGCUGUAAUACAAAAUAUGAACGCAGAAGGUGCUGCUUUACAGGGUUCUGGUUGGGUGUGGCUUGGUAUGGACAAAGAGCUGAAGCGCCUAGUGAUUGAGAUUACCUCAAAUCAGGAUCCCUUGGUUAUUAAAGGACCAAACUUGGUUCCUCUUUUGGGCAUUGAUGUUUGGGAACAUGCAUACUACCUGCAGUACAAAAAUGUGAAACCAGAUUACCUAAAGAAUAUAUGGAAAGUCAUGAACUGGAAAUAUGCCUCCGAAGUUUAUGAGAAAGAAUGCCGCUGAACUCAGAUGUUUGAUGCGAUAUAGAGGACAUGUCUGUAUGAAUUGUGAGGGGGAUUUAGUGCUUACUGCCGUGCAAGUGGUCCUAUAUGUAUGAUAUGUAGUUUCUGGUUGAUGUAUAAUACGUGUGUAGAAAGUGAAUAAGCUACUAUAGCGGUGACCAAUUUUGACCAUGUUUUCUGCAGCUGUUCAUCCAGUUACAAUAGUAGAUGAAAAGUUGCCUGUGAUAUACAAAGCUAAUAAUCUUGAUGUCUUCGAAAA